UUUUUGCAAAACUUGGCAGCAUUCGUUAUUUGGCAACGCAACUACUAGAGACAUUUAACAGCUGUCAGCUGCACUCAUGUAAACAGUUGAAAAAUUACUAAAGGCGAAUUGGAAAUUGAUUUAAUUUUGUGCAUUAAAAAUAUCAAAGAAUGGCUGUUCUUGUACGUUUUGGCAACCGUUCGGCAUUGCAAUUGGUCUUAGCCAGCCACAAAUCGUGGAGCGUGAAUCGUACGAUAAAAACGUCGUCAAAAAAAGACGACACUACUGUUGCCGUACCAGCACCAGUCACGAAAGAAGAUUUUGCCAAUCCAAAUCCUAAAAACUGGGUUAGCUACGGUUUCGAAUAUAAAAAUGAAACAGAUGAUCGUAACGCUACAAGGUCUUCCUUCUUCUUUGGGCUUACGUUAUGCAUAGUAUGGGGCACAUUCGUUUGGUCUUAUUUGCCUGAUACACUAAUGCGUGAUUGGGCACAGCGUGAGGGAUUUUUAGAAUUACGUCGUCGCGAAGAAGCUGGCGCGGAUUUGGUAAGCCCUAAUUAUGUAGAUCCUGCCAACAUUAUUCUACCUUCAGAUGAAGAUCUCGGUGACACCGAAAUUAUAAUUUAAAUGUUUUUUAGUAAUUGUCAAAUUGCCGAUAUUAUGUAAUAAACUAAUAGCAGCAGAAUUCUUUCUAUUGCUGCCGGAAUCAGUUUUAAGAAAAGUGAA